UUUUUUUUCGCUGUUCAUUUAUUUCUCUAUUUCUCAUCCUCAAUAAUAAUAAUAAUAAUAAUAAUAAAGAUAAAAAGAAAUGGUUAAACCUCUUGGCUUGCCUAGAGAUUCUCUUGAGAGAAGACGCGGCGGUCGUGGUGGACCAGCUCCUCGUAGGGAUCGUAAAGAGACCGGUGAGCGUGUCGCAAAGCGCACGAACAACAAUUAUAAUAGCCAAUACAAGAAAGAUUCUACAAGGCCUAGCACUAAAAAGAAUGGCGGCGUAGGAAAACCUGUAGAUAAGAAGAAGAAGGGCUUCAACCCCAUGGCUAGAGCCCACAUGGGAUCGGACGCAUAUAAAGGACAUGCCAAGAAAUUAAAAGCGGAACUAAUCCAUAAGGCAAAAGUCAAGAAGGAGUACGCCAAGGUGUUGAAGCAGGAGGAGCAAAAUACCCCAGAAUUUUACAAGAAGAUUUUUGGUGAAAAAACAAUCGAUGAUGAAGGCAAUGUAGUGGCGUACAACAGCGGACAAGGUCAGGAAGAUGGAAGUGAUAUGGAUGAAGAAGAGGAAGACCAAGAUGAAGAGAUGAAUGAAGGGAUCAAGGAUGAGAAUGAAGAUGGAGAUGAAGAGGUAGACCAAUUAGAAUCAGAAGAAGACAGCGAAGAGCAGGAUGAUGACGGAGAAGAAGCAAAUAAUGGUAAAGGAUCAACAAAAUCAAGAGGAGCGAAAGAAAGUAACGACAAACAAACAAAGCCAUCAGGCAAAUCAGGCAAGCAAGAAGACGGAACGUUUAAACGCGCUGCAAAGCCCAAUCCCUUCAAGGCUGCGAUUGAGAAGCGAGAAGCUGAGAAGAAGGCUAUACAGGAAGCUCGUGAAAAAGCACAGCGCGAGAGAGCUUUGGCUAAGAAGGGUCGGGAUGCAUACUACGCGAAACGUGAGAAGACGACUAAGAAGAUGCGUGAGAAGACUUCUCGUGGCCAACCUGUACUUUCCAACCAGAUCAAGAUGAUGCUUGGAAAGAUCAAGCAGGAAGUGAAGGGGAACACUUCACGUGUACCAGGACAACGUGGCAAGGGACGACCGCAAAAGCCAUAAGAAAUAACAUAGAUGAAUGAGAAAAAAAUUGUACAGGAUUCAAGUUGUUUACUAAGAUGUACUUUACCUUGAAGAUAACUCCGAUAUAUCUCGAUGAGUAGCAAAGAUAUCCUUCUUUUUACUUUAUAUUAUUUCUUUCAUUUCUUGAUCAAUUUCCUUUCAGCAUUGAUCUCAAUUCUUGCUUUUUUUGUUUUUGAUUUUCAUUAUUUUAAUUUUUUUAAUUUCUUACUUUUUAUUACCUGUGUAUUCUCUAUUACUCGAUGCAUUAAACAGAAACGUUCAAAAUUGUU